AUGUUUGUCAGUGAGGAGAUUCCACUGCAGGCGAAGGACCUAUGCACUUUAUUUGAUGUGGACUUCUCUGUGCAAGGCAGCAACAGGAGAGACCGAGAAAACAUGACAAUAUGCUUUUGGCGUGACUGGUUAAUUGAUAUUGAAGAAGGAGAAUGCAGUCCAGUCACCCUAGAGAAGGUAUUGGAGUUUACAUCUGGAGCUUCAACAGUGCCUCCACUGGGAUUUCCACACCGUCCACAAAUUCAGUUCCUUCAUGAGGGCAACAGAAUCUUCCCAGAAGCAAAUACUUGUAUUCUUGUACUCCGCCUGCCACUGCACUCUUCCUAUGAAGCCUUCAAACAACACAUGAUUGAGGGAAUUUUGCAAGCUCCAACCUUUGGACUUGCAUGAUGUCACUGUGUGUAAA